AUGUCGUUUAAGGUAAGGCAAGAGAUAGCCACUUGUGGUGGGAAAUUGUUGAAGCUAUCUCAUUUCUCUGAGUUAAUUGGACUUAGUAUGGAUGUAAACGUUUAUUUACCGAAACAGUACUAUUCUAAAGACUACGAGAAGGUCAUUCCUACAGUUUAUUAUCUAUCAGGCUUGACUUGCAGCCCCGAUAACGCUUCUGAAAAGGCAUUCUGGCAAUUUCAAGCAGAUAAAUACGGAUUCGGAAUGGUGUUUCCAGAUACUUCACCACGCGGUGAUUCUGUACCAGAUGAUCCAGAGAAAUCAUGGGAUUUCGGUAUAGCAGCAAGCUUCUAUGUCAACGCCACAAAAAAACCAUAUGAUAAGCAUUACAUGAUGUACGAUUAUAUCCACAAGGAGUUACCGGUUCUACUUGAUGAACACUUCUCUGAGUCAUCCACAAAAAAGUUAGAUUUUCUAGAUAAUGUUGGUAUUACUGGACACUCCAUGGGUGGGUACGGUGCGUUGACUGGAUUUUUGAAAAAUUACGAUGCCAAUAGAUAUAAAUCAUGCUCUGCAUUUGCACCAAUCGUCAAUCCUAGUAGUGUUCCGUGGGGACAAAAGGCUUUUAAAGGAUACCUGAGUGAUGACGAAAACGACUGGGACAAAUAUGAUCCCUGUAAACUGAUUAAAAGGAUUACAAAUACAAGAAAUGAUAUGAUUUUAAUUCACCAAGGCACGAAAGAUCCAUUUUUAAAAGACAAUUUGAAAACUGACUUACUAACAGAAGCCAGUAAAAAUACUAGUUGGGAGGGCAAAAUUGACAUCAGGUACGCUGACGGCUAUGAUCACUCGUAUUUUUUUGUCAGUACUUUUGUGCCGGACCAUGCACGUUUUCAUGCCAAAAACUUGGGUUUGAUUUAA